AUGAUUAUUCACCGGUUAAGUUUCACCAUCACAGUUUGCGACAUUGUAUUGAGAAUUUCAAAACAAUUAUCAAACAAGGGUCAUUUCAAUGUUUGGCGGUCCAUCAAUAUAUUCACUCCAAAUUUGGCUGAUAGUCCCAAUUGUAUGAAACUUAUAUCAAGAUCACAAGAUAAUUUAAAUAGCACAGGUCCAGAAUCUUCAAGAAUUAUUCUUUUACCUCUCAGUCCCGAGGAUGAAAACUAUGACAGGUUGCAAUAUUUCGGUUCUACAAGCAAAUUAAAUAAAUACUCUAGAUAUAAAAAAGUUGAGGCACGACCUACUACAUUGGCUCUUAGUGAGGUGAAAAAUAAAGACACUUGGAAUGAUUAUGAUGAAGUUGAAAAUGUUAUGCAGACAGCAAGAUUGGCAGAUGAUUCUCAUUUAGGAUAUGGUAUGAUACGAAAACCAAACACACCUGGGCCUCAAGUACCAACUGCAGCCCAAGCUCAAGCAUUACAAAAUCAGGUUAGCUUGGAGGAAAUCAACCACAAUAAUUGUAACGGAACAGAUUAUGCAAUUGUAAGCCGUCCGAAAAGAGUAUAA